AUGGCCAGCCUUUGUCACAAUCCUCCCUUUAAAGGGUUUGGGGUCUUUUUAACUUUGUCUUCUCCUCCGAACAGCCGCAGCAGCAGCAGCAGCAGCAGCAGCAGCCACGAAAACAGCGGCUUCGGCAGCGUCGAGUUGGUUUGUUCUUUGAGGCAGCAGCUGCAGCAACAACAAACAGCAGCAGCAGCUGAAGGCAGCAGCAGCAGCAGCAGCAAACAACAGCAGGAGUAG